AUGGGCAUCCGAGGCAAAAUCAAAAAGGCAAGACUGCAGAAGAACUGGUCGGCCGUUGAUCAGGCCGCAGAAGAAGGCCUGUCGCUGAAUCCCUGGGACGCUCAGAUGUACGCGGAGGUCGGGGAAGCUGCCGUUAACCGUGAGGCGGCCGACGUGGCCAAAUAUGCGUGGAGCAAAGCGGUCAAAUACGACCUGGCAAACAUCGGCUACAACCGGUCACUGGGCUACGUGCUGCGGGACUGCCACGAAUACAAGGCGGCUCGGGACUGCUUCAAACGCAUCUACGAAGCAGAUCCCACAGACGCUGAAGCUCGGAAUAUGAUGAGUCAGCUGGAUGCGGAAUCCGUGAUGCAUCGUGGCGGUUACGAUGUGGCCGAAACAACGCGCGACGUGGCUGACAGGAAGGAAGAAACAGUCGACGCGUACGAAAAAGACCGUCGUGCCCGCAAAGGCCAGCAGAUGACGGCCGACGCCCCGGGAGAGUCUGAUGAAGCCGACCUGAGGCACGCGAUUCGCAAAGACCCGGACAACCUGAACAACUACCUGCGGCUGGCACACUACUAUCAGGAACAGCGUCAGCUGCCACAGGCACUGGAGCUCUACGAUCAGGCGCUGGAGAAAUCACCGCACAGCACCGACAUUCUGGAGUUUAAGGAGGACGUCGAACUGGACAUCCUCCGCGAUAAACUGGCUGACACGACGGAGCUGCUGCGCAAGUAUCCCGACAGGAAGAACCUCCAGGAGAAAGUCAGCGCCCUGCGACUGCAGCUGGUCAAACAGGAGAUCGCCGUUCUGACGCCGCGGAUUGAGCGGCAUCCUCAGGACAUGAAGAUGCGCUUCGAUCUGGCGGAACGGUUCCGUCGAGUGAAGAAGUUUGCCAAAGCCAUCCCGCUGUAUCAGCAGGCCAGUGCAGACACUCGUCUCAAAGAAGAUGCUCUGGUCUGGCUGGGGGAAUGCUUUAUCCGCGAUGGCAAGCUGGAACUCGGAAAACGGCAGUUUGAAAAAGCCAUCGGUCUGCUCAACGCCACGGACAAGCCCGAUCCGUUUAAGCUGGCUCACUACCGACUGGGACAGAUCCACGAAAAGGCGGGACACCGGGACGAAGCCGACCAUCACUACACGGAAAUCCUCAGCAUCGACUACAACUACCGGGACGUCCAGGAGCGGCUCGAAAAACUGCAGGGAGGGCGCGUCCGUCUUCCCGACACUGUCCAGCGGAAAGUUAGAGUCUCCGACGACGACUACAUCGUCCUGCAUGACGAUCAACCGGAUGCCUGGAAGCGAGGCCAGCCGGUCGUCCUGAUGCUGCACGGCCUCUCCGGCGGAUACGACAGCGGCUACAUGCAGCGCAUCGCCGCCAGACUGCACAACCAGGAUGUCCGAGCGUUUCGCAUGGACCACCGCGGCUGCGGUGCCGGUCAUGGACUGGCUCAGAAGCCCUACCAUGCCGGCCGGAUCGAUGAUCUGCAUCGAGCGAUCGCCGCCGUCGAAGCAUUGUGCCCCGAUUCCCCGAUUUCUGUCGUCGGCUUUUCACUCAGCGGCAACCUGGUACUGAGGUAUCUGGGGGACCGCAGUUUUGAUCACUCCGCGCGGCUGCAUCGCGCGGUGGCUGUCUGCCCGCCGGUCGAUCUGCGCCAUUGUGUCAGCAAACUCGACACCACGCGGGCCGGCCAGCGGUAUGACCGGUAUUUCACCCGCCGACUGAUCAGCCAGAUCGCCAGUGGCCCGCAGUGGCGCAACGACGUCCCCCUGGCCCAGGUCAAACGCCUUCCACACCGGCUUUACGAUUUCGACGACAUGUACACGGCGCCGGCGUCCGGAUUCGGUCGAGCAGAUGACUACUAUCAUUUCGCUUCGUUUCCGACACUCAACGGCGGCGAGCAUUCGAUGCUGGCGGUGCUGAACGGGCUGGUCUCGGAAGGUGAGUUCCGCUUCAGCGCGCUGGCACCCUGGCACGGCCCGCUGGCGGAGCACCUGCAGGGACUUGGUAUCCCGGUUCACCCGUUCUCCGUGCGCCCCGAUUACGGACCGUCGGACCGGCGUCUGGAGGAACUCGGCUUCCCGGUACACCCGUCCACUCGUCGCUCUGGUUCGGGACGCAAACGAGAGACCGCCGAACUUCUGCCGGAGCUGCAGGACAUUGUGCAGCAGCACCAGCCGGCGCUGGUGCAUGCCAACAGCCUGUCCAUGUGCCGGCUGCUGGGACAGGCCCGCGCUCAGCUGAAAGACGUUCGCUGCACGGGCCACAUUCGCGACAUCAUGAAACUCAGUGCCGCCGCGAUCCGCGAUUUGAAUCAGCUGGACGGCCUGGCAGCCGUGUCCCAGGCCACACAGCAGUUUCAUGUCGCUCAGGGACUGGACGAAGAGCGAGUGACCGUCAUCUACAACGGAGUCGACACGGCGCGAUUUCGUCGAAGAGACCGGGCCGACGCGCGUCGCGCACUGCUCCCGAAUCUUCCGGCCACAGCGAGAGUCGUACUGAACGUGGGCCAGAUCUGUUUGCGCAAAGGUCAGCUGGAUCUGGCUCAGGCCAUUGUUCAGCUGCUGCGCGACUCUGACGACCUGCAUCUGGUGCUGGCCGGUGAGCGACACUCCGAGAAAGCCGAGAGUGUUGCUUAUGAGCGGGCGAUUGUUGGCGCGUUUGAGUCAGCCGGGAAAGCCGACCAUCUGCAUCGCCCAGGAUACUGCGACAACAUCGAGCACUGGAUGAACGCAGCUGAUCUGCUGGUCCAUUCCGCUCGCCAGGAACCACUGGGCCGUGUCCUGCUGGAAGCGGCGGCCAGCGAGCUUCCCGUUGUCGCCACGAAUGUGGGCGGGACGCCGGAGAUCUUCCGCCAGCCGGAUUCCGUCGUCCUGGUGCCUCCCAAUGACGUCAACGAACUGAGUUCCCGCGUGGAGGAAGCGCUCCGUCGACCUGAUCGAUGUCGCCGGAUGGCGGCGCGUGCACGUCAGGGGAUCGAAGAGCGGUUCACAACGCAGCAGGCGGCCGACAGGCUGCGAGAAUUCUGGCAAACCGCAACCUCACCGUAG